AUUUCUCUUUUCUAUCUUCUCUCUCGAUGGUUACUCCAGGCAUUCUAAUAUUACAUGUUCUAUUGUUGCCUUUGUUUGUAUUUUUUUUUUUUUUACCAAACCUCAUCCCAGAUAUGCUGUCCUCGUUUUUCUAUUCCCUCCAGAAACAGAUUGACAGACCUGAUUCUAAAUAGUGCGCCUUCAAAAUGGAAAGGACGUUAGUGACCACUUUUGAACGCAUAUUGUUUUGGGAAGCCAAACUCCUUACUUAAUUGUCCCCAGCAACUAAGCGGAACUACGUUCUUCAUCACAGAAAUCUGACCAGAACUGGAUUUAGGAGACUAAGUGGGGGACAGAGAACUAUCUGCAGACUGCAUCGAAUUCAAGGACACAUGAUGUCCAGUUAUGUGGAGCCCGAGGUUCUCCUGGAGAAGGUGGGCAGAGCUGGUGUGAUCACCAUGAACAGACCGAAAGUCCUAAAUGCCCUCACCAUGUCCAUGAUCCGAUUGAUGUACCCUCAGCUCAAGAAAUGGGAAAGUGACAGUGAAACUGACUUCAUAAUUAUCAAAGGAGCUGGUGGUAAAGCCUUUUGUGCUGGUGGAGACAUCAGAGCAAUAACUGAAGCCGGGAAAGUUGGCGAUCCCCUUGCAAAGGUCUUUUUCCGUGAGGAAUACAUGCUGGACAACGCUAUAGGAACAUGCAGGAAACCAUUUAUUGCCUUAAUUGAUGGGAUAACAAUGGGAGGGGGAGUUGGUCUGUCAGUUCAUGGACGUUUUCGAGUGGCCACUGAGAGAACACUGUUUGCCAUGCCAGAGACUGCUAUUGGUCUCUUCCCCGAUGUAGGAGGUGGUUAUUUUCUCCCCAGGCUUCGGGGAAAGCUGGGGCUCUUUCUGGCCUUGACUGGCUUCCGUCUCAAAGGUCGUGACGUGCAGAGAGCUGGAGUUGCCACUCACUUUGUAGAGUCUAAGAAGAUAUCUGACCUAGAAAAGGAGCUACUGGACUUAAAGUCGCCCUCUGCUGAGAACAUUUCCAGAGUGUUAGACUCCUUCCAGAAAGAGAGCAGCCUUGAUUCUGAAAAACCGUUUGUCUUGGAGAAGCACAUGUCUGAUAUUGACAGGCUGUUUUCCUCUAGCAGUGUGGAGGGCAUCAUGCAGAACCUGAAGGCAGAUUCCUCAGACUUUGCCAAGAAACAAAUUGAGACAUUGUCCCGGAUGUCUCCCACUUCCCUGAAAAUAACCUACAAGCAGCUGCAGGCCGGUGCUACGCUCAGCCUGCAGGAUGUGUUUGUCAUGGAGUAUCGCUUGAGCCAGGCCUGCCUGCGGGGCUGUGACUUCUAUGAGGGCGUAAGAGCUGUUCUGGUCGACAAGGACCAGAAUCCCAAAUGGAAUCCAUCAACUCUGGACCAAGUGUGUGACCAGAGUGUGGACGAGUGUUUCUCCUCGCUUGGAGAGAUGGAUAUGUCUUUUUGAUGUCAACCGGCACCUUCACACAUACACACCACAUUAGGGCUGCACAAAGAAUUUGAACAAAAUCCUCGAGUAACACUCACAUGCAGGGGCGUCCCGACCUCCGCCAGAUUAAAACGUAACACUAUUUCUCGUUUAGGGAAAAGCUGUCUUGUGAGAACAGGGCAGCCAGAAGCCAAUCAGACUGAAGUAUUGUAUCGCUACUGUGAAAAAUAAUACAGUGGAACCUCGGUUAGCGUGUGUUUUUUGGUUAACAUCGAAAAUUUACACCACAAUUUUGCCUCCGUUUGCGUGCAUUCUUCAGUUAACAUACAAUAUGGCGCGCGCGUCUUGUUGCGUUAUUAAUACACUGCGUGAGUCAAUCUGUGUUCUUAAUAUAUAUAUAUUUUUUUUAUCCAGAAAACGCCCUUCCUUGUUUGUGUUCUAUUAGCUAGCGAACAAAAUGGCAACUGGCAAGUUACGUCGCCCGUCUAUGAUGUCAUCAGGGGUUGACUGUCAAAAAUGUUAGCACAAAACACAUUUGUAUAGUUUCAGAAUGAUAGUUUUACAUGCAUAAAACAAUUCUAAAUGCAUAUAAAUUAAGAAUGAAAGGGAUAAAUGAACAUUGACCUACUUUUACCGUCAUUGAAGACUACCGUUUCCAAAGACACGAUGUGGCAGAGACACCCCACACGGACGCCUGUUUUGUCAAGAGUUAUUUCCUGAUUUCAGUAGUGUUUCUCGCCUUCUUUAUCAAAAUGCUGGCACUUGCCGCUUUCUUUGGCUCCAUUUUGGGUUCCAGUAUUGAGAUGAGAAACACCAAUGAAUUCAAGAAACAACUCAUGUCAAAACAGGAAGGUGGUGGGCGAUCGCUCUGCCACAUCAUGUCUACCUUUCAAUUUUAAUGAAGGUAAAAGUAAUCUUAAAUGUUCAUUUAUCCCUUGCAUUCAUUUAUAUGUAUUUAUCAGUAGGUUUACAAUAACUGUAAAAUUAUAAAAACAUGUUUUGUGUGAACAUUUUUGGCUUUCUAGAAUGGAUUAAUUGGAUUUACAUUAUUUCUUAUGAGAAAAAAUAAUUUGGUUUAGCUUCCGUUUCGGUUAGAAUCAGUCCUUUUGGAAUGAAUGAAUGAUGCUAACCAAGGUUCCACUGUACACAUAAUAUGGAAGUGCGCGAGGCAGGAUUGGAACCGCACAUUAAGUGCUUCACGCACACUAUAAACCUUGCAAUUCUACCCACCUCGGUUUUUCCAUCGGAGUUGAACAGCUGCUGCAGUGUUAAUGCCCAAGCAGAAGCUGUAUUUGAUCAAAGUUACUUAAGACUUGUCAGAUCAAAACACAAUCGUUGCAUAAGACUUCUAUCAAAACAUGUGAUAGUAGCAACUAUUUCCUUGCUUCUUGAAGUGAACUUUAGUUCUUUUAGCAUAAACAUAAAACAAAUCUACUGCAAUCUAUCUUACAUGUGUCUUUACAUAACUACACAUCAACAUAAAUGGUUAGUAGUAGCAGCUGCAACUCUCGUACUAUUUUAACUUGUAGAAUGUUUACUUUUUAUUUCAAUCUGUGGGAAAAAGACCUUCAACAGUUAGGUCAUACAUGCAAAGUUAUAAAACAUUUCAAAAUGUACCUUGUUUUGUGUGUCAGUUAAAUUUAAAAAGUACCGUUUCUUCAGUCCUAUAAUUUGCCAUUGGAGUUUUCUUAAACGUAACGAUAAAACAUCGUCUCGUUCUCGUGAACGCAGCACCGUGUUUCAUGAGCUGAGUGUAUCGUGACACCCCUACCACACAAUUCAUUUCUAAAGGGUGACAAUGUUUAGAAUUUUUCUUAACAAGCUUAACACACAACAUUGUUCUGAAGGACUCGCGCUCCUCCUCGCUCUGCCCGUGCCCGAGCACGCCCUGCCGAUGGCGUCCUAUCAUUCAUCAGCUCGUGGGAGGAGCAAUUUUAUUGACUUUUCUCUUGACUUCUUUUUAUUACAUGCACGCGUGUUCUGUUGAGUGAGUGAGUGUGUCAUAUUUUUGACUUGUUUAUUUUCGGUCUUUCUAUUCAUUUCUAUUAAAGUCCACCGUCAGCCUUCCAGGACCCCUCAGAAAGAUCAUUGGAAUGUUUUUGUUAAAGCAGAAUGAAUUACAUUGAAAUCAAGGAUACAGCAGAGCUAUAUUUAUUAGAACACAGAAAUAAAAAAAAUGUUUACAGUCUGCUCAUACA